CUUCUGCAUAAAGAGUGCACAAACUAUUCAGACUCAAACAAACCGACUAACACAACUACUGACGUAUCUGAGGAGAGAAGAGGAAAGGAGAGGAGAGAAGAGAAGAGAAGAGGGACUUUUUAUGAAGACAUAGUUUAUAUUAUCGGGGGUGUCUUGACUGGACAUACUCAGAAGACUCCAGAUGUGUGUAGUUAGAGUCUUCUAACAAUAAUCUACCAGUACUGUAGUAUUUGAUAACAACACAGCAAAGGUCGACAGGCAGACACUAUUUGUCCCACGAACGAUGUUCAACAGAAUGCAGGAGCAUGUUCUGACAGAAUGACAACUCCGUGGCUUGAAACGUCCCACUCGCUCGACUACACCCUUCCACCAGUGGUCAUUCACCUUGGUAACCACACGACGACAGCAUUGAAUAGCAACCAGUCCUGUAGUGGUGAUGACGAGAUCUUUAAGUACCGAGCCUACACUGUCACCUACCUACUGGUGUUCCCUAUGGCGUUUCUUAGCAACAUUGGAGCGCUGUUUGUGUUCCUGCGACUGAUGCCCAAACGGUCUGCGUCCUCUGUCCUCAUGACCAAUCUCGCCCUAUCAGAUGCAUGCUUCUCCCUUACCCUGCCGCUGCGAUUGGCCUACUACUUCAGAGGCGCUCGCUGGGACCUCCCUGAUUGGCUUUGCCGACUGUGUGUGUUUUGCUUCUAUCUCAACCUCUACACCAGCGUUCUCUUCCUUACUGGAUUGAGCGUGCUCCGUUGGCUGGCCGUGCUGAAGCCUCUCCGUCAUCGAGCCUUGGCCACGCCCCUUCGUGCCUUAUUGGCUUGCUUGGGCAUUUGGCUGUUUGUGGGCGGCGCUUCAGUCCCAUUCCUGUUUUCGGGGACCAGGGUGAGGGCGGGACUAACACGCUGCUUCGAGCCACGUAACCCUGCCUCCUGGAAGAUGAUCUUCAUUCUCAACUACGUGGGCAUGACAUUCGGCUUCCUGAUCCCGUUCCUCACCAUCCUCGGUUGCUACGGCUGCAUCAUCCACCGACUGACAGCUACAAUUUCGUCAGCAUUAGGGUUGACUGGUAGCCUGAACAGGAACAAGAUACGUAACCAGGGGAGACGUCGGCGCCGGCGCCGGUCUCUGCGUCUGGUCGCCAUGGUGAUCUGCACAUUCCUACUGUGCUUUCUGCCCUAUCACGUGGCUCGCUCACUGCACCUGCACGCGGUGGUGGGCAGGUGGGGCUGUGUUGCUACGGCGACACUGCAGCGGGUGUUGGUGGUGACGCUGUGUCUAGCGGCGGCCAACAGUGCGGUUAACCCUCUGUUGUACUACUACUCCGGGGAGUCCUUUAGAGCGGUCAUACGCAGCGCCUCGUCACGACGACGGUCCUUCUCCUCCUCCUUCACUCAGGGCAGCCUGCUGCUCUCUCGCAGAAAGAAGACCACAAUGCAUACAACAGCAACAAUGCGAGACUCACCCCUCGCUCCACCCCUAACCCUUCCUGGGUCCCUACCAGACACACCCCUCGCUCCACCCCUAGCCCUUCCUGGGUCGCUACCAGACACAAACCUCGCUCCACCCCUAACCCUUCCUGGGUCGCUACCAGACACAAACCUCGCUCCACCCCUAACCCUUCCUGGGUCGCUACCAGACAGAACCCUCGCUCCACCCCUAACCCUUCCUGGGUCCCUACCAGACACACCCCUCGCUCCACCCCUAACCCUUCCUGGGUCCCUACCAGACACACAAAGCCGUGUGGAAGACAGUCUAUAAAGGGUUCAAAACCUAUUUGCCCUAUACCCCACCUCUACUUACAGACACUGAGACCUGAACACCUAGUUACAUUCUCCAGAAUCAGAGACACUUUGCUGCACAUGUAAAAUGGAGCCCUGAGGCCUGAACCAGAACCACACACACACACACCCACACGGAGACACUAACCUUUAGGUUUCCGAGGCACUUUGUGGGUGUGCUCUCUGUUAUUUCCAUUCCCGCUGCCCGGCCGGCAGCCACAGGUGCCGGGCCUACUUUUGUUUGAUUGUUUAUUAUCCCAGUGUUAAUCAUUACACUCUUCAUAGAUGUAUCAUAUAGGUUGAAAACAGUUUGCACAAGUCCCACAGGCUUACAUUUGUAGGUUAAAUGUAAUAAUAUCUUCAGUUGAUCAUAGUGACUGACAAUUGUUGCCUACGUAAUACAUAUUUAGUUUUUUCCUUGACAUUGAAGUAACGGAUAUAUUUGAUGCAAGGGCUUCGAAUACCAUAUGCGUCUCAUAAAAGACCUCAUCCAACAUCAAGAGGCUCUUGUCCAGUUUGACAUUGCAAAUAAAGUUAGCAGGACCAUUGGAGACCAGCCAGACCUCAUGCAGAGAUUUGAUGAAGACUGUUGGCUGAAGCCAGAGUCUGGAAAGCACUCAAUCUCAAGGACAUCUGAGGAUAUCAACCAUAUAGUAAGUGUGCUUCUUGAUCAGGUGUGUACCUGAUCAAGAUUACUUUGACACCUGUCAGGUUUUACCAAAGCUUCCAGAACAUCCAAAUAAACCUGUUGCGCAAAUUGGACUAUGAGAAACUAGUGUUGUGGAUCAGCAACCCCAAACUGAAAUCACACUGUGAGAAGAACAAACUGUCUGCUCAUUUGGCACGCAGACAGAGGCCCAAAGUUGACAGUUGAUUUCAGCUGUAGUGCUGAGACCCUAGAAUAUAAAUUGUUAUCUUAAAUGCCACAGUUAGAGAAGUGAUGUAAGUAAUGGGAAAGAAUAAGUAGUACUGAAACCAAUGACAAUGUAGACUCACAAAAUGUAUAUUUAUUUUUAUAAUGUUCAGUGGCGUGUAUUCAUGGUUGCCAAGGGAAGCCAGGCUGCCCACAAAAAAUUUACCAAAAAAUAAAUUAUUAAUUUAUCUUUCGUCUCUGUGUUUCAUAAUUGUCCUUCAAUUUGAAAGAAGCUGUAUGUUUCUCACCCUCUGUCUUUGUAUGUGUAGGCCAUCUGAUGCUGUCUGGUCAAAAAAGAGUAUGACAUUGUUGCCGCCUGUAGCAUUUAAUGCAAGGGAGUUUAUGCCAUGUGUAACUCUGUGUUGUUGUUUUUGUCGCACUGCUUUGCCUAAUCUUGGCCAGGUCGCUGUUGUAAAUGAGAACUUG